AUGGAUUACCAUUCAAUUCACGGCUAUGAUAGAGCAAGCUUUUAUGCACCCGGCACGCACCGACUUCCAACAGUAUCAGCUUCACAGGCUCUUGACGAGCUUGAUAACGACGCGUCUACUCAUGUCUCAACCGGAAUUGAGGAUUUGGAUCGUUCUCUUAUUUCUAAUAUAACCGCUGACUCUCAAGAUACUACCAAAGGUGGUGUUCAACGCGGCCAGGUCACGGAGAUCUGGGGUCCCCCUGGUGCUGGCAAGACAGCAUUAGGAGCCAAGCUUACCCUUGCCUCGUAG